AUCCUCCCUCCCUCCCUCCCAUCCACCCGACCGCACGUGUCCCCGCCCCGCGGAGAGCCCCAACAGCAGCAGCAGCAGCAGCCCAUGCAAGCGUACGACUUCGAAUCGGAGCGGCUGACGAAAGGGACGAUCCGCUCCGCGGACGACGGCUCGCGCCGCUGGACGCUCGAGACGACGCGCCAGACGUUCAACGGGCGCAGCAAGACGACGAUCGAGAACCGCGCGGGGACGCUCGUCGGGACGAUCGACUGGCGCGAGCGCGUGUUUGAGAUCGCCGGGAGCGCGUUUGGGAUCGACGUGCUCAAGCGGAAGGUGUCGAAUUUCUCCGCGACCCGGUACUGGCGAUGGAAGAGCGGCGAGGAGUACAAAGUGCGGUACUCCAACACGGACGACGCAUGGCAGGCGUCCUUGGCGACGGGCGAAACGGUCGGCGAGCUCAAGUCGAGCAUCACGCCGCUGUUCCGGGAGCCGAGCCUGCCCGUGCUGCGGCUGUCGUCGACGAUCCGGGACGACGAGGAGCGCGUGUUCAUGCUGAUGCUGCUCGUGUAUUCGGAGAUGAAGCGACUCGACAGGCAGGACUGACCAGCGUCCUCGGCCUCGGGCGGGUACGUGUACGGCACGGUCCGUGCAGCCCUUUCUCGUCGCCCGGUGCACACCGCCUGACGCGCACGCAGAACAGUCAUGGAUCGAACGACUACACAGACGAA